AUGAAAUUGACCAUAUCAUCGUCACAGACGCUGCUGUUGAGUGCAAGUCUUGGACAAAGACCAUCGUGCUAUCUCUCUGAAACUUGUGGUGAAACCUUGGAAGAGGAAGAUGGACCAGCGCCAAAAAAUAUCAAUCUUGACCAUACCGAACUGGAUGGUCCUCACAAGUGUAAGAGCUUUUGUCAGGAAGUCACGAGCAAUGUGGGAUCCGGCUACAUCACAACCAACAUAUCAUAUACCGAACUAGCGUAUACCGAUCGGGAAGGCAAGUUGUACAUCUUUGCAAAAGAAAGAGCGCGUUCAACCUGGAUAGUGGUUUCAAUCCAACACGAGCAAAUUGCUGCCUAUCUCCCAUCGAGGCUGGAAACCAACCGAAAACUUCGUUCUCAUAUUGAUCCAAAAUCAAUAUACGAUAUAUUGAACUUACUGGCACAACUACAUUGUACUUGA